ACGGUAUUGUCUGGACAAGCAAAAACGAAAAGAAGACAAAAGCUCAAGGAUGACGCUUCUUGAAAAACUUCGAAAGAAAAUGAGGACGGCUACAACAAGCCAUGGUGAGGAAUCUGAUCAGGAACCCUGGCCUGAAAGAAAAACAAGGUUUGAGCGACAUAAAAAUGCUAUAAAGACUGAACGAAAAAUAGAGUUGGGAUGGAUACAUGAGGGAAAACAAGUCAGAAAGCGUUCUGGUGGGGGCACAAGGGUGCUUAAUGUAUCGAAGGCAUCCACCAAAAAAGACCUUUUGUCUCAUGCAAAAGACCUCUUUUUUCCUCUUGGUAGGUCAACAAAAGGUAAAUGGGAGGACUUUAAUCACAAUAUAUUUGACUUUAAGGAAUCAGAACUUGAUGAAAGCACUACGGUUGUUGACUUAUACACACUGUCAAAAUUUGGGAUAUUACGGUUUUACCUAAACACAACAAGUCGGGUAGACCUGACUGACGCUGCAGAAGUUGACAGCGACAUGGACAGACAUGGUGUCGCUGAAGGAGAAGAGCAAAACCCAACAGAUGUUUUUGAUCAGCAGCAGGAAAAGCCAGUUAGUGUGAAUGAAUCACAGGCAGAACCAUCUACAACAGCUGAAUACAUCCAUGGGAAUUCCAGUGCCCAUUCAGUUGUUUUUGACAUAGUUGAUCUUUCCACCCAGUCUUACGAUUCAGAGGUGUUCAUAGGUGGCCUGGUAGCUGUCCCAUCUGCAAGCCAACUGGAUGACACUGUUCCAGUUUUCAUUUCCACGUAGGAUGUCGUCAGUGUUGCUGUUU